CUGAGUCCUCCUACAUGUCCAUUUCAAGUGUUCCAAGUUUCAAUUCCUGUUCUACAUAAAACUCAUUUGAUCCAUUUAAGAUCCUUUUCCUAGCUUCGUUCCAUAGAAGGCCAUGGGUAUUCGUUUCCCCUCAAUUGUUCAGGCCAAACAGAUUCUCAAAUUGCAUUCUCCUUUUACUAGAAGUCAAUCAUCUAUCUCAACAGAAGCAUCAGAGGUGCCAAAAGGCCAUUUUGCAGUUUAUGUUGGAGAAGGCCAAAGGAAGCGAUUUGUGGUUCCAUUAUCUUACCUGAACAAUCCUUCAUUCCAGAAAUUAUUGAGUCAUGCAGAGGAAGAAUUUGGCUUCAAUCAUCCAAUGGGUGGUGUCACAAUCCCCUGCAAUGAAGAUGCUUUCAUAGAUAUCACUUCUUGAUUACAUUCAUCAUGAGAGGAGAAGAGUAGAGAGUUAGACCUCAAGCCCACUAUCUCCAAUUUUGACCCUUGUAAAUGAAUUUCAUUGAUGUACAUAAAUGGCAGAGCUAUAAGAUCAAUAUACUUUCUUUUCUCCUACUUCUUUCCAGUUGCAUAGACUAGAGUACUUGUGGCUUCCAGCAUGAUAGUAUAAGCCCAUUGAUACUCACCCAGAUCAAUA